AUGAGUUCCACUCAUCCUCCUGUACUGGUCGUAGGCGCUGGGCCAGCAGGUCUGGUAGCCGCGCUGACACUUCUCCAGAACGGCAUUCCAGUUCGCAUAAUCGAUAAAGACCCCAACCCUCGCAUGGGACAGCGUGGUGCCAGAAUAUGGCCACGCACCCUCGAACUCUUCAAUUUCCUGAACGUUCCAGAAGUCAACGAUCUGGGGAAACGUGCACCCUUGAUCCGUUCGUACAAGCCCGGAACAUUGGAAGUUCUGAGGGAAUUUUCGAUGGUCCCGCACAUGGAACCUACCCCUGCGGUACCAUUCCACUUUCCCAAGGCGUUAGGCCAACAGCUCCUUGAUGUGAUUUUGCGACGCCACUUAGAGAAAUUCUGUUGUUCUGUCGAGAUGGGCACCGAACUGCGCUCGUUUGAACAGUCCGAAGAGGGCGUCACUGCUGUUCUGGAAAGGAAUGGUAUAUUAGAAACGUUUGAUACCAAGUGGCUGAUCGGCACUGAUGGUGCUAAAAGUGUCGUGCGCAAACAACUCGGGCUUACAUUCUUGGGCGAGACUAGAGACGAUAUCCGAAUCAUCACUGGAGAUAUUUGUCUAAAGGGUGUUGGUCUUAGUAGAGCGUAUUGGCAUUCAUUCGGAACUUUCGAUGAACGGCUCAUCUCAUUGCGUCCAACAGACGAAAUUGGCGAGGAUGGCUGGCAACUAUUCAUCUUUGGCAGUGAUCUAGACCUGACAAAGGUCGUUCAGAGCGAGGAACUUAUCUUCGAAAUCGUUGCAUCAUUAAUACCUACGGAGGUUACUUUCAACAAGUUGGUCUGGGUGAGCGAGUUCAGGGCCAAUAUUCGCAUGGUGAACAAGCUUAGCGAGGGUCGAUGUUUUGUUGCGGGUGAUGCUGCUCAUGUCCACAAUCCAACCGGUGGUCAGGGACUCAAUUCAAGUGUACAAGAUGCCUUCAAUCUAGGAUGGAAACUUGCGCUCGUCGAGAAAGGGCUCGCCGACAAGUCUCUUCUCGAGACGUACAGCGCUGAGCGUCUCCCUGUCAUCUCCGAGAUGCUCGAGAUGACCAGCGCGAUUCUCAAGCAGGCCCUUACGUCGAAGACAGGAGGCUCUACCAUUCGACGAAACCCCAUCCUUUUCAUGCUCGGUAUCAACUGCCGGUUCAGCACUAUUGUCCUCGAUGAAUUUGUGACUCCGAUUGAGGGGAGACCUAUCAAUGCCUACGGGGUACUUGAUGAGGGGCAUCUGGAGGCUGGAGACAGGGCGCCUGAUGCUCCGGAUGUCCUGCAGGUUGGGCACGGAGUGUCUGACGUGAAAACUCUUUUUGAUCUGUACAGACCAUGGUACCACACGGUACUUGUGUUUGCGCCUGAUCUCGCAGAUGCCAUCCCGAUCCUGGGCGCCCUGGAGGCAUACAAUAAGAGCGUUGUGCGAUCGGCUGUCGUUCUGCCCUCAUUGACAUCAGUGACGCAUGUCGCAUCUUCGGCUGACUUCAUACUUGUUGAUCAGGAGGGCUAUGCUUAUUCGGCUUACCUCAUGGAAGCUGGCCAGACGAAGGUGUUUGUGAUACGGCCAGACGGAGUGAUUGGAGCGAUUGUACACGGUGCAGAAGGCAUGAAGAAAUAUUUCUCCGGAAUAUUUCUUGACGUGUAG